ACUGCUUUCACCUCACUGCCUGGGGAAAGCCAACCGUGAACAUGCUUUCUCCAGGCCACUUUUUCAGGCACUUUCUACGGGCGUUAUUGAUAAUUUCCGGACUUAUAUGUCAGCUUGGGGAGCCAUCGAAAUCCAGACAGAAAAGGGAAGCGCUCUAUGACCAACCUCGGAUGUCCUCGGAAAAUGGAAACCUAAUAUUUUCAGUCAGCCAGACAAAAUGUAUUGAAUUUAAGACCAGCUCGUAUGGAAAAAUAAAAGUUAAUGAUGAUGACCUGUCUGAUCUGCUGGCUCAGAUACACAAAAACAGAGAAGAAAUUUCUGCAUUAAAAGCAAACGUUCUUGGAAACAACCAGACUGUGUCCAACCAGCUCGCUCAGCUCAGUACAAAGUUGUCUGAUAUUGAAAACAGAGUUCAAGUUUUGCAAGAGGUUAUGAACCGAAAGUCAUGCAGUAGUAACCCAUGCCAGAAUUCAGGGAUGUGUCUGAACCUUUUGGAUUCCUUCUUUUGUUUGUGCACCGAUAACUGGCAGGGUCCUGCCUGCGCUGAUGAUGUCAAUGAAUGUCAGAAGUAUGGUGGGACCACACUGGGCUGUCAGAAUGGAGGUAUAUGUGAGAACACGCCUGGAAGUUACAGGUGCACCUGUACUCCAGAGUGGUACGGCCCACAAUGCACCUCCAAGUAUGAUGACUGUAAAGCGGGUUCUGCAGAGCUCUGUGUCCAAGGGAUCUGUACAGACUUAGACAGAGUCCAGCCAGGUCAGCCCAGGUACAGCUGUGUUUGUGAAACGGGAUGGACAUCACCUCCUGGGUCCGCCGCCUGCACUGCGGAUAUAGAUGAAUGCUCUCUGCCCAACCCUCCCUGCUCCCAGAAUCCUCCAGUCCAGUGUACUAAUAAUCUAGGAUCCUUCACUUGUGGCCCCUGCCCUGCAGGCUGGAGCGGGAACGGGUACAGCUGCCAAGAUAUCGAUGAGUGUCUAACAGACAAUGGAGGGUGUUCUGUGGCCCCGCUGGUGAAAUGUAUGAACACUAUGGGCUCCUAUCAUUGUGGCUCCUGCCCACCAGGUUAUGAAGGUGAUGGUAAGACAUGCAAUCAGAUUGACGCCUGCUCUGUGAAUAAUGGAGGUUGCCAUCCGCUAGCUUCAUGUGCUCCAAACAAAGAGGGUCUUCUGCCAGUCUGUGCUUGUCCUCCUGGAUACGCUGGAAAUGGAUAUGGGGCGAAUGGCUGCCAGUCUACUAGUGACAUCUGCCAGAAGCAAAACCCUUGUGUUAAUGGAGAGUGCAAGCCUGGCAUCUCAGACUAUAUGUGUGAGUGUCAUUUAGGGUGGAGUGGUACUAAUUGCUCAGAGAAAAUAAAUCAGUGUUCCAAUAACCCGUGUCAGAACGGUGGGACCUGCGUGGAUGGGAUUAAUGGUUAUAUGUGUAACUGCACCAGCGGAUGGACCGGCUUCCAUUGUGAAACCCAAACACAAGCUUGUGGAGGUGUUUUAACUGGUUUAAAUGGGACACUAAGUUACCCCAGCAAUCCAGGCAAUGAAUCAUACGGUCACAAUAUGAGCUGUUACUGGGUUAUAAAAACAGAAGCAGAUAAGAUCCUGCGCAUCACAUUCCCUUAUUUUCAGCUGGAGUCAAGUUCCAGGUGCAGUUUUGACUUCCUGCAAAUCCAUGAUGGAGACUCAGUAUCAGCCUCCGCGCUGGGAAAAUUCUGCGGCACCACAAUCCCCGCUGAACUUUUCAGUUCCCACAAUGCUUUGUAUAUCUGGUUUAAAUCUGAUGAGAAAUUUACCGCUGGGGGAUUUCGGAUAAGCUGGGAGUCUCGUCCACCAGAGUGCGGAGGUCACCUGUCAGAUCCUUACGGGUCCAUUCUAUCUCCUGGUUACCCUGGUAAUUAUCCUCCUAAUCGAGACUGCUACUGGACAAUUUCUGCUGACCCAGGGCUUUAUAUCACAUUUACCUUUGGAACGCUGAAUCUCGAACAUCAUGCCAAAUGUGAAAAUGAUUAUUUGGAGAUUCGAGAUGGCCUCCUGUCCCAAGAUACUCUUCUUGAUAAAUACUGCAGCACCAUGUCACCUGCCCCUAUCCAGACAUCAGGCCCAUAUGCCUGGAUUCACUUCCAUUCUGACAGCACAUUAACAGACAGAGGAUUUCACAUCACCUACAUAACGUCAUCCUCUGGUGCUACGUGUGGAGGAAACCUCACAGAUACUGAAGGUUUCAUCACAUCUCCAUCAUGGCCAAAUGCUUACACAGGAGACAAGCAAUGUAUUUACAUUAUCACACAAGGACGUGAUGAACAAAUCAACCUCAGAUUUACCCAUAUGGAUUUACAGAGCAGUAGUGGCUGUUCCCUGACAAUUAUUGAGAUUAGAGAUGGAGGUUCAGAGACGGCACCGCUGAUUGGCAGAUACUGUAACAAAACAAUUCCUGCUGUCAUAACGUCAAGCUCCAACACACUGUGGGUGAAAUUCAAGUCAGAUGCCUCAGCCACAGCAUCGGGUUUCCGAGCUUUCUAUCAAGUUGCAUGUGGAGGAGCUCUGUCUGGUGCUGGAACCAUUCGGACUCCACACUACCCAAAUCCUUACUACCGAGAGAGGACCUGUGAAUGGAUCAUCACUCAGCCAGAUGGAGAAGUGGUUCUGUUUAGCUUUGACUCCUUCGGCCUCCUAACGGGUACACUGUGCAACUCUAAUUAUGUUGAGGUCAGAGAUGGGCCAUCGCUAGACUCUCCUUUGAUUGGAAAAUACUGCGGCCCAGAUGUUCCUCCACCAGCCUAUUCAACCCAGAGAAGCUUGUAUGUCAAGUUUGUAACUGAUGCUUCCACUAUAAAUCAUGGCUUUUUAGCCUCGUAUAGCUCACUAGUUGAAGGUUGCGGAGGAACACUUACCACCCCUGAGGGAACAAUAUCAAGUCCCAUUUACCCUGCUGUGUACCCACAUGGUCUCAACUGCACGUGGCUCAUCUCAGUGCCAUCAGGCAAUCUGAUACAGUUAACGUUCACUACAUUCAACCUGGAGCAGACGUACGCCUGUCAUGGAGAUUAUCUAGAGAUAUACGACAAUGCAAUGAAUGCAACCGGGAACAAAAUUGGAAGAUACUGUGGAAGGUCCAUCCCUCCAUCAAUAACCAGCAGUGAUAAUCAGAUGGUUCUGCUCUUUGUUACUGAUUCCAGCAUAACUGCUGAAGGCUUUUCUGCUAGUUAUGUGUCAAUCAACGCAUCUACAGCCUGUGAUGUGGCCUAUACAGAAGCAACUGGUGUAUUCACCUCGCCGAGCUAUCCCAAUAACUAUCCCAUCAACAGGCAGUGUGUGUAUACAAUCACUGUCGAAUUUAACAAGCAGAUCAUGCUUAACUUCACCAAUUUCAGGCUAGAAUCUUUUUCAGGGUGCGCCAGAGACUAUGUGGAGAUCAGGGAUGGUGGCUAUGAAGUAUCUCCACUACUGGGUCGGUUUUGCAGGGAAAGCCCUCCACUGAUUAUAUCUCAUAGUAAUAAACUUUGGGUGAAGUUUAGAAGUGACUCCUCUUUCACAAAUACAGGAUUCUCUGCUCGCUGGGACACAGCGACAACAGGUUGCGGUGCUACCCUAACUGCAUUGUCUGGUGGAUUCUCAUCUCCUAAUUACCCCAUGCCAUACUACGAGAAUUCGGAGUGUUACUGGCUCCUGAGUGCCUCUAGAGGAAGUCAGAUUGAAGUUCAAUUUGAAGCCUUUCAUCUGGAGUUACACAAAAAUUGUAUCAGUGAUUACCUAGCUAUCUACAAUGGCAAUAGCACCAAUUCGGUUUUACUACAGAAGCUCUGCGGUCCACAACUGCCAGCUCCAAUACGCUCCACCACUAGUGACAUGUACGUAAAGCUUAGGACAGACAACGUUAUGUCAUAUAGUGGAUUCCUGGCUACCUAUAAACAGGUAUGCCAAGGAGUCUUGAUCAGCGGCCGUAGCAGUGGCAUUCUGGAGAGUUUAAACUAUCCAAAUUCAUAUCCUUCCAACCAAUACUGCAACUGGACCAUACAGACCACACAGGGGAAUACCAUCAGCUACAUGUUCACAACCUUUCAGCUGGAGCAAUUGAACUGCAAUUUUGAUCAUGUUAAGCUCUAUGAUGGACCCAACGCCCAGGCAAAACUCAUUGGAACCUACUGCGAGGAGGCCCUUCCACCAGCAGGGACCACCAAUGGUACAAGCCUUCAUGUUGUCUUCCAGUCAGAUGUAUUCGGUGAACGACAAGGCUUUCAGUUAAUGUGGAAUGUCAAUGGAUGUGGCGGGGAGUUGUCGGGUCCCACUGGCUCCUUCAGCAGCCCUGGAUAUCCCAUGAAGUACCCAAAUAACAUAGAGUGUAUCUGGUAUAUCCGCACCUCUCCCGGAAGCAGCAUCCAGAUCACUAUACUGGAGUUUAGUAUUGAGUACCAGAGUACAUGUGGCUAUGAUGUGCUGGAGGUAUAUGGAGGCCAUGACUUGUCCUCCCCAAGGCUAGCUCAACUCUGUGCACCUCGAACUCCAGAAAAUCCCCUGCAAGUGUCUAGCACAGGGAAUAUGGUCACUGUCCGGUUUAAGACUGACACUAGUAGAAACGGCAAAGGUUUUAACGCAACAUGGCAUGAAGUUCCUGGAGGCUGUGGUGGAGUAGUCCAAGGCCCUAAUGGGGAGAUCCAUUCUCCGAACUACCCGAGACCCUAUGAGGACCACACAGAAUGUUCCUGGCUGAUUAAAGUUGAGGCUGGACACAGAGUCUUACUCAACUUUACAGACUUUGACAUAGAAAGUCAUCCCUCAUGUGAACUUGACAAUGUCACGGUGUAUGAUGGUGAAUCCGGUGAUGCGGCGAUUCUUGCAGUACAGUGCGGUACUCAAAUUCCUAGUCCGAUUGCCUCUUCUCAGAACACCAUGUUUGUCCGCCUGCGUUCUGACCAUAGCAACCAGCACAGAGGAUUCAGUGCACGAUUCAGUGAAGCAUUUGGAAGUUCUAUUGUGACUGACUCCAUCGGCGGAGUUAUUUCCUCACCAUUAUAUCCUGCCAACUACCCAAACAAUCAGAACUGUACAUGGAUUAUACAAGCCUCGGAACCUUUUAACCAUGUCACUCUGUCUUUUACGGACUUUCAAACUGGAAGCACAAGUCCUAAUUGUACAGAUGACUUUGUAGAGAUUUUAGAUGGGAACAAUUAUGGGUCACCAUUAAAAGGACGUCUUUGUGGUCAGGUAAUCCCUCACCCGGUUACAUCAUUCAGCAACGCCCUUGUGAUCAAAUUUGUCUCUAAUAGUUACACAACGUAUAGAGGAUUUCGUGCUACCUACUCUGCAUCAAUCUCAGCAUGUGGAGGAGAAUUACACAUGGAGAACGGGGCCUUCAACAGCCCAGCCUAUCCAGAAAACUACCCAGAAAAUAUGGAGUGUGUUUGGAACGCCUUUAGUGCUCCUGGCAACCGGCUCACACUGUCUUUCAUUUCAUUCUCCCUACAAGCAAGUGAAAACUGUUCAAAGGAUUACUUGGAAAUCAGGGAAGGCGAUGCCAAAGGCACGCUUAUGGGGACAUUUUGUGGAGGGAGCUUGCCCAAUAACGUGUCUUCUAUUGUCGGCCACAUACUCUGGUUAAAGUUCGUGUCUGAUGGAUCGAUAAGUGGAUCGGGCUUCAGGGUCUCCUUUUCCCACGUGUUUGGGAACAAUAUAGAAGGCACCUACGGAAAAAUUGCAUCUCCUCUUUGGCCCAGACAAUAUCCUCAUCAUUCCAAUUACAUCUGGAAAAUCAAUGUGCAAUCAGGUCAAAUCAUUGAGAUUCGAGUUCUGGAAAUUGAUAUUGAAGAAUAUGUAACCUGCUUCUAUGACAGAUUACGGAUAUACGAUGGUCCUGACAUCCACUAUCACAUCAUCGGCACAUACUGUGGAGUCACUCCGCCACCCUCCCUGUUCUCCUCCGGAAGUUCAGUGACUGUUCAGUUCAAAAGUGACAACAGUAUAAGUAGAAAGGGAUUUCUGCUGGAGUGGACUGCUGUCUCCCUGUCUCCUGAUCCGCUACCCACCAUAGCUCCAGGUGCAUGUGGCGGGUUAUUAACAACUGGAGACACGCCGUUAUUUUUGUUCUCUCCCGGCUGGCCCAAUAAUUACGCUUCAAGGCAAGAGUGUACCUGGGUGAUCAGAUCCCCAGAGUCUACAGUAGAACUGAACAUCCUGACCCUGGACGUUGAAUCACACAGCUCAUGCAGUUCUGACAAGCUGGUCAUCAGAGACGGAGAUAACAGCCUUGCUCCUGAACUUGCAACCGUCUGCGGCAGAGAGCCCCCGGGACCUAUCCGCUCAUCUGGCGAUGCAAUGUUCCUGCAUUUCUCCUCUGAUGGAUCAAACACUGGCAAAGGUUUUAAUGCAUCUUAUCAUAAAAGCUGUGGUGGAUACUUACAUGCAAACAGAGGACUGAUAACAUCACCAAAUUACCCAGAAAACUAUCCUGCCAAUCAGAACUGUACCUGGCAUGUGGUAGUGACCCCAGGCUUUACCGUCGUCACCCAUUUUGAUCCAGGUUUUGAAGUAGAGAACGUCGACUCUUCCUGUAACAAUGGGGACUAUAUUGAGCUAAGAAACGGUCCUGAUGGGUCAUCGCCUCCUUUGGGGACCACUGCCGGGAAUGGGAAGUUGUGUGGCAGGGGCGCGCCAUCCAGUAUGCACACUACGGACAAUGAACUGCUUCUCCGAUUCAUUUCUGAUAGUAGUAAUGAAGCCAAGGGGUUUAAACUCCAGUAUGAAGCCAAAGCUUUGGCAUGUGGAGGGAUCAUCUAUGUAACAGGUUCCAAUUCAAGUGGCUAUAUUAUGUCACCCAAUUAUCCCAGCAAUUAUCCUCCUAGCACAGACUGUGUAUGGAUAAUCAUCGUUCCAAACGGAGAAGCUGUGCAACUCGACUUCGAAGACCAAUUCCAUAUUGAACCCUCUGACAACUGCAGCUCUAGUUACCUGGAAUUAAGAGACGGUGCAGAUUCCAAUCAAAGGCUCCUGGCAAAACUAUGCGGAGACACUUUGCCGAUCACCUACAAAUCUCUGGGAAUUGCAAUGUACGUGAGGCUCAGGACUGACAGCGGUACCCCGCGUGCUGGUUUCAAAGCCCGCUAUUCCACUGCAUUCUGCGGUGGAACACAUUUCGGUGAGAGUGGUAUUAUUCAGAGCCCAGGUUACCCUUCAAAGAAUUACACAGAUUCCUCUUUGUGUGAAUGGAACUUUAAUGGUCCUACAGGACAUUACCUGACCAUUACAUUCAUGUCCCUUGAUCUUCAAGACUCAACAAACUGUUCACAAGACUAUAUUGAAAUCCGAGAAUACAAUGCAUCUGGGAAUUUGCUGGGAAAAUUUUGUGGUAAUACAGUACCUUUGGCCCUGAGGACAUCAGAUAGUUUUGCUUAUGUAAAAUUUGUCAGCGACGGAUCUGUAAAUGCCAAAGGAUUCCGAAUGCAGUAUGAAGCAAGUAUUGAAGAAUGUGGAAGAGAAAUUGAUGGAACCUCUGGAACUCUAAGCUCUCCUAAUUACCCCAACCUGUACCCACAUAAUCGUGUUUGUGAAUGGAGAAUAACGGUACCAGAAGGGAGACGGGUCACACUGACAAUUCAUGACCUACGGCUGCAAGACCAACAGACCUGCGACUACGACUAUGUGGCUGCGUACAAUGGUUACCAGAACCAGUCACCUCUCCUGGACCAGCUUUGUGGCUAUAUCACUCCAGAUACAGUUAUCAGAUCCUCUGGGAACACCAUGAGAGUUGUAUUUGUCACUGAUGGGUCUGUUUCCAAUGGAGGGUUCCAGGCCACCUUUACUUCAAUGGAAGAUGCAGUCUGCGGUGGAUCGCUCGUGAAUCCUGUUGGAGGUAACUUUACAUCUCCGGGAUACAAUCGAGUCACUAAUUAUACCAAGAAUCUAAACUGCGAGUGGGUCAUUCAGAACCCCAAUAUUUAUAACUCCACUACAUACAUUGCGUUCAAGAGACUGCAACUGGAACCACACCCAAAUUGCCUGAACGACUUUGUGGAAAUCCGAUUAGAUGAUGCAGAUGGGGAGUUAAUAAGCAGAGUAUGUGGGAAGAGCAUCCCAUCUGUCCCCAUCGCUCUGGUAGCACCUCGGAUAUGGGUACGCUUUGUUACUAAUACCCAAGUAGAAGACAUCGGGUUUCAUGCUGAAUAUUCAUUUACAGGUUGUGGUGGGAUACAAAGUGGUGUAGCUGGCAUUAUAUCUAGUCCCAACUAUCCUGGAAACUACACAGCGGGAAGCCACUGUGCCUGGCACCUGGAGGCCCCAGAAGGACAAAUUAUUACUCUCUCUUUUGCUUAUUUUGAUUUGGAAUAUCACACAGUAUGCCGCUGGGACUCAUUGACAAUAGUGAAUGGUGCCUUGCCAAGCUCACCAAUUAUAGGACAAUAUUGCGGAACUACAUCACCAGGGACACUCCAGUCUGGUGCUAAUAAACUGUUGGUGAUUUUCAAUGCAGACAAUUCCAUACACGGAGGAGGGUUUUAUGCUACCUGGACAUCUGAUUCUGAGGGCUGCGGUGGCUUUAUCCAUUCAGAUAACGGUAACAUCAAAUCUCCAGGUUGGCCUUUAAACUUCCCUCUCAAUAGCAGAUGCAGUUGGACAAUUCAGACUCAUGAAAGCAGCCAUUUUGAACUGACAUUCAGUGAAAACUUCCACAUUCCUGACAGCAGUGGACAAUGCCAAAGAAGCUUCUUAAAGGUUUGGAGGAAUACAACAGAGACCGAAGAGUACCUGUUAUUGUCAGCCUGUGGGGAUUCUGCUCCGGCUCCUGUGGUCUCCCCAGGAAGAAUCCUUAAAAUAACCUUCCAGUCACAAGAUAAUCCUGCCAGUGGUUUCUCAGCCAAUUUCACCAGCAGAUGCGGUGUUAACUUUACCAAGCCGAGUGGUCGAAUCGUAUCUUCAAACUAUCCAGACAGAUAUGACAACAAUUUGAAUUGCAUCUAUACCAUCCAAGCUGAAAACAACAUGUUUAUUGUCCUGACCUUCCUCAGCUUUGAAGUAGAAUCAUCACCAUUCUGCACAAAGGACAAUGUUAAAGUGUUCAGUGGCGUGGCUCCUUCAGGUAGUCUUCUGGAAACAUUCUGCGGCAGCUCACUUCCUGUAUCGCUUAGCAGCAGAGGAACAAUGUCUAUUUCUUUCAGAACUGAUUCCGAUAUCUCCAUGCAUGGAUUUGUGGCAAGCUACAGGGUGAUCCCUUGCGGAGGAUCAUAUAACAGCACUUAUGGAGUUAUAAGAAGCCCAACACAUUUGUCCACCAAUUACCACAGUAAUAUGAACUGCACCUACCACAUCACUGUGCAGGAAAACAGGAUUAUUGAGUUGAAGUUUAAUGAUUUUGACUUAGAGACAUCCUCAAGCUGCAUGUAUGAUUACGUUGCGGUCCAUGAUGGUUCGGACAUCUAUGGUCCUCUGCUAGGCAGGUUCUGUGGGAAUACCCUGCCUCAUAUUAUAAAGAGCACAAGCAAUAAUUUGUUCCUGGUGUUCCGUACCGACCUUUUGAAUAAUGCUGGAGGGUGGAGAGCAUCAUUUAGACAGACACUAGGACCUCAACAUGGAUGUGGUGGUUAUCUGACUAAUACCACCGGUCAUUUCAGAUCACCAGACUUCAAUAAUGAUGGGAAAUAUGACAAGAACCUGAACUGUGUUUGGACUAUCACAGCUUCUGUAAACAAACAGAUAAAACUGACAUUUACAGGCUUUAUACUGGAAUCGGAGACCAUGAGAACAUGUAGAUAUGACUAUGUCAAGAUCUUUGAUGGUAGCAGCACAGACAGUAAUCUACAAGGUACAUUCUGUGGCAGCAAUACACCUGCAAAUUUCACCUCUACCUGCAACCUUCUGACAGUCUGGUUUAUUAGCGACUCAACAGUGGAACGGGCAGGAUUCAAUGCCACGUAUGAGAUCACUGACUUACUAUGUGGGGGCAUCUAUAAUGCAACAUCUUCUGUAACCACGAUGACACCCCCGGAGUCCUACCCGCCAUUCACUUCUUGUCUCUGGACUAUUGAUUCCCCACCACAGGAGAGUGUGAAGCUGACAAUUCAGAACUUUCACCUUCCACCUGACCUGGACUGUUCUGAGAAUUAUCUGGAGCUCACAGACUCACCUGUGGGUGACUUUGGGCAGGUCCAGAAGUUCUGCGGGAAUGACACAUUUAAAAUUCCCGACUUUUACUCUAUUGGGCGUACAGCUGCCGUUACAUUUAGGUCACAAGAAUACACACUGGGAAAUCAGCUCAGCUUCACCUAUCAAGUAGCAAGCUGUAGUCGAGAAUAUAACCAGUCAUUUGGAUAUCUAAAAAGCCCACGUUGGCCAGGGAAUUAUCCAGAUAACAUAGAAUGUACAACAAUCCUCCGCGCUCCACACAGCCACUCCAUAUCUCUUUUCUUCAGUGCCUUCCAUGUCGAGCCAUCAUCUUCUGGAUGUCAUGACUACCUCGAAGUGAGGAAUGGCAGCUCUUCUGAUUCCCCAUCUCUUGGCACCUAUUGUGGGAAUAGUCUUCCUAAUCCGAUAUUUCCUAAAAAUAAUGUUCUCCAUAUCCUGUUUAAAUCAGAUUUUUCUAGAUCUUUCCAGGGAUAUGAAAUCAUUUGGACAUCAUCUCCAUCUGGUUGCGGGGGGACUCUGUUCGGUGAUCAAGGCACAUUUAGCAGUCCCGAAUAUCCUGGCAGUUACAGUAACAACACAGACUGUGAAUGGACGAUUGUGGCUCCCAUGAGAAGAGCAGUACGAGUACAGCUUGCAGCAUUUAGCAUCGAUGACCCCGGAGACUGUGCCAAUAAUUAUCUCAGCUUUUACGAUGGACCCCUGUCUAGUUCUCCAUUACUUAGGACGCUAUGUGGCCUGGAUGGAAAUAUCGCCCCAUUCGAUAGCACGUCUCAUCAGGUGUUUGUUAAAUUUCACGCAGACUAUGUCACACAGCCAUCUUAUUUUAGAGUGACUUGGAGCUCCUGAGACAAUUACAAUUUCUCCUACAAUUCAAGACAGUCAUCUGAAAAUCCUGCUGAGUAGUUUAUGUAACUGU